AUGCUACGGAACUUCAGAUCCCGUCAUAGAAUGCGGUUUCACCGCAAGUCUAUUCUUGUGUGGAUUAUACUAAUCUGCGUAGCAAUCAAGUGUUAUCCCUACGUUUUCCCUCUUCAAAUUGACCUGACCCAAGAAGCGUUUCUCGAACAUGAUGCAUGUCCCGCCUGUUUUGGGACCAACCUGUGCGCUCCAAUCUUCAAGAGUCAAAUCCAACUCACCAAUUGGACCAGAUUCUCCAUCUCGAGACUGAUGAAUGCUAAGAAUGUGUUCUAUGGUAACUACAAGUUUGAAAAGGUGAUCCUCAAGAAGUUGGGACAUGACCACGAGCUACGGAGUUUGGAUGGAGAAAUUUGUCAAGCUUACAAAGAGAGGCCUGAUUGUGAUGCCGGGCGAUAUUUGAAGUUUUUAACCAAGGAAUACACCUUAAAUCUUGGUCGGGACGAGACCUUAGAUUUUCGGCCUUUGGCACGUCACGAGUGGACGGAAGUGCUUAGUUGUAUGCGAUCUCAAGCUUUGAUCGACCUGAUCGUUAAGAAAUCUCGUUUGCAUGAAUCUGCACCAACCUUGGAGCAGAUCCUGACAUUGCUCAUUCUCAACCCUGAGCCUCUCAUUUUUUCCGUCUUCCGAGAAGAUGAUAAUUGGCCCUUUCCAAAGUACCAUGGAAGCUGCGGACGAUUAGCCGUGUUUCAAGACGAAGGCAAACCCCUAUCGGAGUUUUAUUCUUCGGAUUGGAACAUUCGUGUCUUGCUGUCCAAACAACUUCUAAGCUCGGCCAUGAAGUUCGUCCGGAACGAUCUGAACGUAGCUCUGUACUACACAGAUUGGAUCUCGGACAAUUUCGCAGUUAACCAAGACUUCCAAGUGAAGUUCGUGGACGGUGAAAACUUCAUUCUAGUGGAUCAAUCUGAGAUUCGAGCUCUAGCUGCUCCAGGAUGGAACAUCUCCCACACUUCAGACGGGUUUCAGUGUGAAUCAAGAUUCUGUUACUCCACGGCCGAUUUGUGCACUCACGCAGAAAGCGACCACAACAUUUAUGGCUUGUGCAAAGGGCUCUUAGCUCCAGGGGCUCUGGACUAUGCCUUGCCAGAAGGAUUGCUCCACUCGAUUCCAAGUGAGGUAACGAGAAAACACCCUCUACUCCCACGCCUCAUUGGCGAAUGCGCCUCUCCAACUAUACCCGGAGGCCGAUUUGAAGCUGCCCAAGGAUUAAUGGAAAUACUGUCUCAAUUGUGAUGGAAAGAUUGUAUAUAUAUCCAUAUAUUUUUUUAGUGGAAGUUAGUGUCAAGUAAAAUAUGAAUAAAUGUAUUUUUCUGUA